CAGUGGCCUGAUAGAUAGAGUGACACGACAGAGAGCGUCCCUCGUUUCCGUGAUGCAACUAGAGCGUAGUCGAGAACUGCUACAGAAGUUGGAGGAUAAAAUCGAGUCAGAAGAGGCAGCGUUUGAGAAGUUUCUCUUCAUACUAGUUCAAGAUCCGACUUUUGAAGACAUAAGCACAAAGUUGAGAGCUACCAGAGACGAAUUCAAGGAUAUCACUAACAGUUCUCGUACAUCUUCAACACAUCAUAACAAUUGGUCGUUAAGUGUAUUGAGCCCCGCCCCCUUCUACGUGUUCGGAUCGGACCAGCCCCACCCCAUUCUAGAGACAAACUUUCCGCCUGCUGCUCUCGUCCACAGACCCCAAAGAAUGGCGACUGCAGGUACUACACCAGACUUCCUAGACAAACGAUUGCUGCAAGAUGAUGUUCCAGAGAUAGUUGCAAACAUACUGGACGCCCAAACUAAAUCAGAGCUGUUAGGUCGUGUACUCAAGUUGUCACCAUCCAGGGUGUCUGCAAUUCAUAUGCAGUACAAGGAUCCAGAAGAGUGCUUGUUUCGUGUCAUUGAUGAGUUUGUGAAACAAGUGGACCCCAUACCCACUUGGAGAGUCAUUACAACCGCCCUGAGGCACCCCACUAUUCGACUAACUGGUUUGGCUGAUGAGAUUGAAAGUAAACAUUGCCCCCCAACAAUAUGU